UGAAGGUAAGGUAUACAUAACAUAUAAUAUUUCUGUUAAGUUUCAUAUUUCGAACUCCAGAUCCAACAAAAUCGGCAUUAAAUGACCUAGACUAUCUUUUCAACUAAUAUAGAUCUAGCUAAUAUUAUCAAUGCCUGUUAACAUAUGAAACUAAACAAAGACCAGAGGCUUAUCUAUAUGAAUAAAUAUUCGAGUAGAAAAUUGUAUACAACUAAAGUCUUAGUAAUUGACAUAUCUUUGGGAUUAGAAUAACUUAUCGUAGAAUGCAAAGUGGGCAAUUAAAAUUUGAAAAACUAAGAGAUAAAAACGGAAAGCAUAUGCAUGUGUUGGUUGAUCCAAAAUCAAUCACGAAUAUUAAUGGUGCUGUGCAGGUCACGUUGCGUUGACCAUAUAUUGCUCACACAAGUUUAGAACUUAAACCGAUUAUGCUUCCCUCUAUGUGAUUCAGUACUAACAAUGGCGACUAUAGCCAGUGUUUGGCGAAGGCUAGUUACUUGCCUAUCCUCCCUUAAGUUCUAUUUGAUACUCUUGUGCCUUGUGGCCACUGUUUUUGUUCUUCUCCAAAUCUUUUCAUUUCAAACCACUCAGCACUCCCUUUCACUCCCACCUGGUCUCUUAACGUAUCUCAAACACCAACCUGAACAAACAUCUGGGAACAAGACAGCUUACUUGGUGGAAAAGCUACGUGAAUCAGUGACAUUCCUUCCACUCAAGGACAUUCGCUUUUCAAACAAGCCACUCGAAGGUCACACCUGGUUCAUGAGCUCUCUCUUAGAUAACCAGACCAAAGGCGAGGCUCAGUAUCAAGAGUUUCCUUCAGAUUCUUCCAACGGAAGGCUUUUAUGCUUGAAAGGUAUCGAUGAACAUGAUGGAUCAUGGAACUACUACGCGUUGGCUUGGCCUGAAGCUCUUCCGACCAAUGCCAUGCUUCAGGAGGGUUUGACUUUUGUUUCUUAUAAUCAAUACGAUUACGGUAACUUGUGGCAUGGACUAAGCGCAGCAUUCCCAUUUGUUUCUUGGAGCUUAAGAAACCAAUGUGAAAAGCCUCAAAAAUGGGUUUUAUACCACAAGGGAGAACUAAGGUACUGGAUGGGGAAUUGGUUGAGCGAAAUACUCACAGCCACUUAUGGUCAAGAGCCAGAGAUUAUACAUUUUGUUGAUGAGAACAAGCCGGUUUGCUUUGAGAAGGCAGUUGUAAUGAGACACAAUGAAGGUGGAAUGUCAAGGGAGAAAAGACUAGAGGUUUUGGACCACCUUAGAUGCAAAGUGAGAAACUACUGUAACAUCGCUUCAUCCGAGACAUCAAAACCGCGAAUCGGUAUGACAUUGCUACUGAGAACUGGAGCCAGAUCAUUCAAAAACGUGUCAGCCGUCAUCAAUGUCUUCAAAAGGGAGUGUGAGAGAGUAGAUGGGUGUGUGUUAAGUGUUUCUUAUUCGAAUAAUCUAACAUUUUGCGAGCAAGUGGAGCUGAUGAAGAGGACCGAUGUGUUGGUAUCACCACACGGUGCACAGCUGACUAACUUGUUUCUAAUGGAUAGAAAUAGUAGUGUGAUGGAGUUUUUCCCUAAAGGAUGGCUUAAGCUAGCUGGAGUUGGUCAACUUGUGUACAAAUGGGGAGCUAAUUGGUCAGGGAUGAGACAUGAAGGAGCGUGGCAUGACCCCUUUGGAGAAACAUGUAAGUUUCCUGAUACUGAUAAGCGAUGUAUGUCGUUGGUUUAUAAAAACGCUAUGAUUGGAUACAAUGAGACAUAUUUUGGUGAGUGGGCGAGACUUGUUUUGGGCAAGGUUAACAUUAGAAAGAAGGAAGAGAUUCCUGAACACAACCAUGUUUCUCUUGAUGUAUGUUCUCAAUGUUGAUGAAUAAUAAUGUAAUAUGAUUAGGCAUGGUCAAUUCUACAUCUUAUCGAUAUGUUUUUGUUGUUACAACUAAAGUCCACGAGGAGGGUCUGAUCUGAGAUCUAAAGAGUCACAAACAUUGUUAGGUUAACUUUUAAUAUAUUUUUUUUGACAAGUUAGAGACCAUAUGAUAUAUGUAUUAAUAAUAACACUUUAAAAUUUGAUGAUUAAGUCAAAUGUUUCAUCCGGUUGUGUUUAUGAAAACAUGCCAUGUCUACAAGUAACAUAUUUUCAAACGCAUAGCAACAAAAUGGUAACAAUAUUACCCGUUUUCUAUUCUUAAUAAUAAUGAAACUAUUAGCUAGGUAAAUCUAUAAAAGGAAAAAAGAGUCAAAUGAAAUAAAAUUGUACUUUAAGUUUUAUC